AUGUUCUCAACACAUGCAGACAUGUCUUUUUCAACGCGGCCUGAAUCUCCAGCCUUGCCUCAGCAAUAUAUGGCCUCCUCCGGUUCUGAAUCCCAGUCCCUGCGCCCAAGUUCGCGUCCAGAAUCGAUCGUGAGACCAAGUUCGGCACAACAAAUCCUAAGCCCUAGCAGUGAUAUCGUUGGCCCUUCGCCUGUGACGUCAAACGGGACUGAAGCAACAGAGAUAGAAGACGAAGCAGCCGACAAUGCGGAAGAGCCACAGCACCAGGGGAAGAAUUCGAUCCUAAUGCUUAGUACUAACCUACCGGAACACGUCCGGCGGCCCCAUAGCGAAGAGCUUGUUUCGGUGAUUCAUGCUCCCCCAAGCUUCCAAAACUGGGCCAGCGAUGCUGGAUCAAGACAGACUCCUUCCAACUCGACAAGCGCUGCGAGUGCGGAUAACAGCAGUGCGAGCAGCCCUCCCCCCAGUGAACCAUCGACAGUGGUAACGUCGGGUAACCCACCAACGGUCAAUACCAAGGUCAAGCCAACAGCGUAUGGCAUGGACGUCCCAACUCCACAGGCCCAAAAGCUCGAGGAUGUGCUUGCGGAUUCCUCAAAACUGAGGUCAAGCACAGGUAGCAGUCUUGAGUUGAUUCCCGAGACUCGAGAAGCAGAUGAUGACGAUGACGGAGAUGAUUUCCCAACGGGCACGCGCAGUCGUGAGAGCGAGAUCAAGGCACUCAAGGCAGCCCUCGAGGAGUGUUGGACGCUUUGUAACACUCUGGCAAAUCUUAGUUCCAUUCACCGUGCGCGAGUAUUCAGCAACUCUGGAACUCCGGAUGCGCAUGAAAGGGCCUGGAAGACCUGCUGGAAACUCUGCAAGAGACUCUACCACAGCCAGGAUGACGUUUCUGACUCCUAUGGAGUCCGAACAAACCUGGAUCUCUGCCGGGAGUUCUGUCAGGCAUUGUUUGAUAUCCGGCAAAGGAAAGAUGAGACCUCCGACUCGAUUCUUCGAGUCAGCUUUGAGCUCAACAAUCAUCUCUACAGUGCUCAGGAUAGCCGAAGUCUCCCCGAGGCCUUCACUGAGCGCACCCUGGAUUUCUAUAUCACUCUUUGUCACCGCCUGAUGAAGCAGCGCAGCGACCUUACUGAGGAAACGGAUUCACUCCUCCGAGCAUGCUGGGCUCUUGCCGAAAUGCUGUUUAGCUUACGCCAAAGCCGCCGUGAUGGCAAAGCUCCCGACGAAGAGCUUCUUGGAUCUGCUGUCCAGGCAUGCUGGGAGUUGUGUGAUAUCUUCCGCGAGGGCUGGACACAAAUCCGACCAGAUCGUGGCACGCCCAAGCCAAAUCAAAUUACCUUCUUCGCCGCCACUUCGCCUUACGGCCAUCCGCCAACAAGCAGUCAUCCAUCCGAAGCUUCUCGCUCUAAUGCUGGCAGCCGCGCUUCGCUACAUUCAAAGCGCGAAAGUCUUCGCAGCAUUGGCGAGGUCGAGAGACCGCGGGCGCAUCCUCUUGUUCCAGAGACGCCAGUAACUGAUCUCGACGACACGCCUAUGUCGCCAGAUGCCAGUCCGCACAUACCCAACAUCAUGGUUUUAGGCCCCACAACGGAGUCUCGCAGCGAGCGCGGGGGGCGCUGGUCUAGCAAUGCCUCUAACCUCUCAAGCUAUAGUCAAGCUACCCAACACACAUCGAGCACCGCUACCACAGCCACUUCGGAGGAUAUCAAUAUCACUCGGAUCAAGGCCUUACUGGUGAAGGCCGCCAUGAACCUUGGGUUCAACCGCGAUACGUCGGAUGGUACCGGGGGCGCCACAUCUUUGCAGACGUUUGUGAGAAGUCUCCCGACAGGCUCGUUUGGCUCCCUUUCCGCGCACACGGCCUUGCUGCAAAACUACAAGACUUUGAUACUUUCUGAUACAUUGUUCCGUUCCUUUACUAGCCUACCUGUGCGGCGACGCUUCUCCGCCCAAGAGAUCGCCAAGAGCGUGAACUGGAUGAUCGUGCGGUCUGGCCAGUAUGCAUUCCUUCGCGAUUUAUUCAAGAUAGUCUUCGGCUUCCAGAUCGAGGAAGCCGAGACCAGAAAGGGCAGUGGCUUCGUGGUUUAA